AUGCUCGCCUCAAUCAAGUCUGCCAUGACAGGAGCCGCUAAUCUGGUGUCUGGGCAAGCGGAAAACACGAAAAGAGCCCGUGUGAGAGUAGUGAACAAUACCACCAGGCCUAUCGUUGCCAUCUCGGUGAUUCACAAGUGCAGCAGCAAUGGCCACAAGAGCCAUCAAGAAUGGGCGAUGGUGCAGCCGGGCAAAGCAUCCGUGCCUGAAAUGGAAGUCGAAUACCCAGCUGGUUCUGGCUCCAGUUCCGAUGCUGGCGGUGACAGCUCGUGGCUUGCCGUCUGGUACAGCGAGGACCUGCAGGCGCUCUGGCACUGCGAACCAAGCGAGUCGGGGUUUCCGGUCGAUAUGCUAGACAAGCAGUCUCGAGAGGAGAUCCAGAGGGUUGAAGAAGCCCUCGCUACAGGCAGCGAGCCAGGUUCUAAAGGCGCACAGCUAGCUACUGCGCUGGCAAGGUCAACGACGGAUCGAGCAUUUAAUUCGAACAGCCUAGAGGGAUUAGUGCGUCAUCAGUUGCGGGACGAGGAUGCAAACGAGGUGACUGAGUUGGUUAUCAAUGCCAAUGAGACGAUGACUUUUAAAUCCAAGUCUGGCACCACAGAGGCCAAGGUUAACUCUCAGCCAGCUGCCGCAUAG